ACCUUGUAUUUCUCAAGUAAGAGAUAACUUGUCCCGCUAUGUACAAUUAUUGGACGAGGCACAGGUAUACUAAGGGAACAAUCAGAAACACCACCAUCAGCCGAAGGGAGAUAAGUAAGGCUUCCUUCGCCUUACUUCGAGAAACUUGGGUGCGGGUAAUAGUAAAACAUUAAAUAAAACACCCCCCGAACAGGAGGUGGCGGUAAUGUUUGGUUGCAAUCAACCACAGCAUCAACAGAAGAACAUGUAACCUAUCUAUGGAGGCUUGUGGAAUGGAUCCUGCUGAUGAUAUGGAGGUGGAGGGUUGGGAUUCGGGCCUGGAGGAGGAGCUGGGUGUCUCCCUGGACGAGCUUAGGAAGUGGAUAGACGACGAGGUGGAGAGAAGUGAGGCGGUGAGACAGAGGAAAGCCCAGCUGGCUGAGCUGAAGGACUGGGUGGAGCAGCGGGAGAAAGAGAAGGCUACUGUUGAAUCGCUCUUGGACAACGCCAACCAGUCCAUCCAGGAAUGUGCCACCCUGGUGAAGCGGGCGUACGGCAAGAGGGGGCUGGUGUACAGGGAAAGCAGCUCCGAGGACGAGGGAGGAGUCGGAGAGAGGAAACCCUUAGAGGUCAUCGAGAUCGAUGACGACGAGGACGAUGACGUCAUCGCCGUGGGCUGCUUAGUUCCACCUAAGACGCCUGUGACUCCUGUCAAGGAUGCAGCAUUUCAGGAGGCGUCAGCAGCCAUCCAGAGGUCGUCUCAGCAGGUCCAGACUCUGGUGCAGAUGGUCAACAAGACCCCCACAACCGCUGUACCGACGAAACCCACCAUACAGUCAGGUGUGGUCCAGUCCUCCAGGAUGCACCUGCCUGCGGUGGUGAUGUACCAGGCUCCCGGGGGGCCGGCCACGCAGCCCAACCCCUCCCUGAAGGAGGACCAGCUCCUGGUGGAGAUGAGCAUUCUGGGAAAGAAACGCACCAAAACCUGGCACAGAGGCACUCUCAUCGCCAUCAGCCCUGUCGGGAGCGGUUUUAAGUACAAGGUGAAGUUUGAGAACAAGGGCAAGAGCCUGCUGUCAGGGAACCAUGUGGCGUUUGACUACCACCCCACCCUGGAGAGGCUGUAUGUGGGGGCACGCGUGGUCGCCAAGUACAAGGAUGGGAACCAGGUGUGGCUCUACGCUGGCAUUCUGGCAGAGAUGCCCAACAACAAGAAUCGCAUGAGGUUCCUGAUCUUCUUCGAUGAUGGUUAUGCUUCAUAUGUGACCCUGCCAGAGCUGUACCCUGUCUGCAGACCAAUGAAGCGGACCUGGGAGGACAUCGAGGACGCGUCGUGCAGGGACUUCAUCGAGGAGUACAUCACGGCAUAUCCCAACAGGCCCAUGGUUCUGCUGAAGGCGGGGCAGGUCAUUAAGACGGAGUGGGAGGGAACCUGGUGGAGGAGCCGUGUGGACGAGGUGGACGGGAGCCUCGUCAAGAUCCUCUUCCUGGAUGACAAGAGGAGUGAGUGGAUCUACAGGGGCUCCACACGCCUGGAGCCCAUGUUCAACCUGAAGAUGAACACGGCCAACUCCCAGGAGAAGAAGCUGGCUGGGCAGCAGAGGACCAGGCCCAACAUGGGUGCUGUUAGGGCCAAGGGCCCAGUGGUGCAGUACACCAGUGAGGGGAGCUCCGGCGCUCCCCAGAACCCCCCCUCCUCCACCACCACACGCUCCCAGCCCAUUGGCCCUGCCUGGAUCGAUAACAAACAGGUGAUAAAGAAGACUUCCCCCCAGUUUGGCCCUUCUCCUGGAGGAGUGGGGAAUAAGAUCACGCCCACUCCUAUGACCUCAGUGCUCCCUCACAGCCCCUCCAGAGUGUUUGUCCUCAAACCAGGUACGACCCAGACCCUGACCCCCCUCCCCCAGGUCCAUCACCCCAUACAGCCCCUGCAGCCUCCGGCUCCUCCCCCCCCUCCUCCUCCCCCGCCCCCUGUGGCCCCGCCCCCCGUGGCCCCACCCGCCGUCCCCGUGACGACCCCCCACCUGGUGGUCAGUGACCGUAUCCCCCAGGAGUCUUCCUACCGGGCCCCCAAAGACCGCGUGUUCUACCUCCCCCACGCCUGCCAGCCUGCCUGCCUCAACCGCAUCCGCCCCCCCCGGCCCGACUUCCACAGGGGCAAGAACCCCCUGCUCAUCCCCCUGCUGUACGACUACAGGCGCCUGACUGGCCGACGGAAAAUUAACCGCAAGGUGUCGUUCCAUGUGAUCUACAAAGCCCCUUGUGGCCUGUGUCUCCGUAACAUGGGGGAGAUCCAGCGCUACCUGUUCCAGACCCACUGUGACUUCAUCUUCCUGGAGAUGUUCUGCCUGGACCCCUACGUGCUGGUGGACCGCCGCUUCCAGCCUCAGGAGCCCUUCUACUACAUCCGGGACAUCACCAAGGGCAAGGAAGACAUCCCUCUGUCCUGCGUCAACGAGAUCGACAUCACCCCCCCUCCUAGUGUGGCCUACAGUAAGGAGCGUAUCCCAGAGGACGGUGUCUUCAUCAACACCAGUCCACAGUUCCUGGUGGGCUGUGAUUGCACCGACGGCUGCAGGGACAAGUCCAAGUGUGCCUGUCACCAGCUGACCCUCCAGGCCAGCGCCUGCACCCCGGGGGGGCAGCCCAACCCCCACGCUGGGUACCUGAACAAGAGGCUGGAGGAGUGUCUGCCUACAGGGAUCUACGAGUGUAACAAGCGCUGUAAGUGCUGUGCAGAGAUGUGCACCAACCGGCUGGUGCAGCACGGCCUGCAGGUGUGUCUGCAGCUCUUCAAGACCCAGAACAAGGGCUGGGGCAUCCGCUGUCUGGACGACGUGGCCAAGGGCUCGUUUGUCUGCAUCUAUGCCGGUAAGAUCCUGACUGACGACUUUGCGGACAAGGAGGGCCUGGAGAUGGGGGACGAGUACUUUGCCAACCUGGACCACAUUGAGAGUGUGGAGAACUUCAAGGAGGGCUACGAGAGCGAGGCCCACUGCUCGGACAGCGACGGCAGCGGGGUGGAUCUCAGCCGGCUGAAGGUGUCCCUCUCCACCAGCCUGGGCCUCAACAAGCCCGGCAGCAAGACAGAUCGCUCCAGGACAAAGGCCAAAGAUGAUGAAGACUCCUCCAAGGACGGCGACAGCAACGGCGAGGAUGAUUCUAACGAUGAGAGCGACAGUUCAGACGACACGUUCAAGAAGGACCCCUACCACAGCACCAACUCUGUGUGGAGGAGCUACACCACACGCAGGCAGGCCAAGGGCAUCAAGGAAGGGAGCCAGGACAGUAAAGAUGGGGUCAGUGCCUCAGCAGGGGGCCCAGAGGACAGGAAGUCCCCCCACCUGCUGGAGGAGACGGGGAAGAGCAAGGUGGCGUCCUGGCUGACCAGCCAACCCUCCACCUCUCAGACUGCCGUCAAGAUGGAGGGCCUGAAGCUGGAGAAGAUGGAGGGUGGGAAGAAACAGGAAGUGAUGACUCUGUCCGACAGCGACGACGUUCAGACCAUCAGCUCCGGAUCGGACGACAAGGAGAGAGAGAAGAGUAUCCAAGGGGUAGUGAAGCGGCAGGUGGCGGUGAAGUCCACGCGGGGCAUCGCCCUCAAGGGCUCCCACAGCAUGAUGGUGAAGCAUGGUCCCAGCGUGGGUCAUGCCCCCAGCGGGGCCGGGGUGCAGGCUGGGGGGCCCCAGAGCCAGGGGGGAGGAGCGGGGGACAGCGGCCCCCAGAACACUCGUCAGUUCUUUGACGGUGAAGAGUCUUGCUACAUCAUCGAUGCCAAGCUGGAGGGUAACCUCGGACGUUACCUCAACCAUAGCUGCAGCCCAAACCUGUUUGUCCAGAACGUGUUUGUUGACACUCACGACCUGCGCUUCCCCUGGGUCGCCUUCUUCGCCAGCAAGCGUAUCCGUGCAGGCACAGAGCUCACUUGGGACUACAACUACGAGGUGGGCAGUGUGGAGGGCAAGGAGCUACUCUGCUGCUGUGGAUCAACAGAGUGCAGGGGGAGGCUGCUGUGAUCAGUGUACCUCCACACAUCUCUCUCUCUGUCUCUCUCUGUCUGUAACUCCACCCACUCAUCCCUCUUUCUCUGUACCUCCACCCACCCACACCCCUCCCUCUCUCUCUCUGUACCCCUGUGCCCUCCUCCUCUCUGGGCACAGCGUGAGGGUGGAGAGCAGGACUUCUCCCAUGUCUGGAAGACCAGCCACCAUCCAGUCACUAAGCUACUCUCUUCUAGGAGCUGUGACAUUUCAAAGUGUAUUACGUUUUUUUUUAACUUUUUUUUCUACACCUCUCUGCUGUACUUCCUACAAAGUAAACGAGAGGGGGGAACAUCAAUGUAGACUCAAAUUAUUGUGUUAUAUUUCCAGUUGUAAUUUUGGUAUUAUAACUGUGUGCUCACUUUGUUUGUGUUUAUUUGUCUGCCAAACUGAUUUGUUUACGUUAGAAUAAACUUUCAUUUUCCACA